GAUCGCGAUACGCGCACACAGCCUGCGCGCGCGAGCAAUAUUACGUGUAUUCUGUGUUUCGGAUUAUUGUAUUGAAAUAUUUGAUUGGAUAGCAGACUACAAUAUGGCGAAUGUACUUGUGAAUUCGACACAAAGCGUUUUAAAGGACACAUACGACUAUUAUCUAUGGACCCUAUCAUUAUCAGACAGCAGAACUAAGGGAUGGCCGUUAGUCGACUCACCAGCACCAACAGUAUUCUACACAUUAAUGUAUUUAUUCAUCGUGUGGAUAGGACCAAAAAUAAUGAAGAAUCGACAACCAUUCAAACUGACCUGGUUGCUAGUUCCCUACAACUUAGCAAUGGCCUUCCUCAAUGCAUACAUAGCGUUAAGAUUGUUAACAGCAUCCUUUAGACUCAGAUAUAGCUACAUAUGUGAGCCAUGCAGACAGAAGUACGAUCCUGAUGAAUUACAAAUAGCAGACGCUGUUUGGUGGUACUACUUCUCCAAACUGCUCGAAUUCUGUGACACAUUCUUCUUCAUUCUAAGGAAGAAGGAUGAACAGCUGACAUUCUUACACGUGUACCAUCACUCCACUAUGUUCUCGUUCUGGUGGAUCGGCAUCAAAUGGGUGCCGAGUGGAUCCACUUUCCUGCCAGCUAUGGUCAACAGCAGUAUUCACGUACUUAUGUACGCUUAUUACGGACUUUCAGUGUUUGGGCCGACAGUUAGCAAAUAUCUGUGGUGGAAGAAAUACCUCACAAUUUUGCAAUUGAUCCAGUUCACUUGUGCUUUAAUUCUUGGCGUGAACGGCAUCAGGACCGGCUGCGAGUUUCCUCUGUGGAUGCACUAUGUACUUAUUAUUUACAUGAUUUCUUUCAUCGUCCUCUUCGGAAACUUUUACAUGAAAGCGUAUCUUGCGAAGGGCACCAAAUGUAUGGAAGUGCGAUAUGGACAGUGCCUCGACGAUGACGAAACUAUCGCCAAAAGAAAACUGAAAAACAACUGAACCUCCUAGUUUUAAGUUUAUUUAUUUCAACCAGUAAUAUUAUAAAGUAACGUUUAAAAGUAUAUU